AGAGCUCGAGCGGCUGCAGAAGGAGGAGGAGGAGCGGAAGCGCCGGCUGCAGCUCUACGUCUUCGUGAUGCGCUGCAUCGCCUACCCCUUCAACGCCAAGCAGCCCACCGACAUGGCCCGCCGGCAGCAGAAGAUAAGCAAGCAGCAGCUCCAGAUAGUCAAGGAUCGAUUCCAAGCAUUUCUCAAUGGAGAAACGCAGAUUGUGGCGGAUGAAGCUUUUAUUAAUGCAGUCCAAAGUUAUUUCGAGGUGUUUCUGAAAAGUGAUCGUGUGGCCCGGAUGGUGCAGAGCGGGGGUUGCUCUGCAAAUGACUCUCGAGAAGUUUUCAAGAAGCACAUUGAGAAGAGGGUGCGCAGCCUGCCCGAGAUCGACGGCCUCAGCAAGGAAACGGUUCUCAGCUCUUGGAUGGCAAAAUUCGAUGCUAUUUACCGUGGCGAAGAGGAUCCACGCAAACAGCAGGCCAGGAUGACUGCCAGUGCUGCCUCGGAGCUGAUCCUCAGCAAGGAACAGCUGUACGAAAUGUUCCAGAACAUCUUGGGAAUCAAGAAAUUUGAGCAUCAGCUGCUGUACAAUGCGUGUCAGCUGGAUAAUCCAGAUGAGCAAGCUGCGCAGAUCAGACGAGAGUUAGACGGACGCCUUCAAAUGGCAGAUCAAAUUGCCAAGGAGCGUAAAUUUCCGAAAUUUGUAUCCAAAGAAAUGGAAAACAUGUUUAUCGAGGAGCUGAAGUCUUCUGUCAAUCUGCUGAUGGCGAACUUGGAAAGCAUGCCAGUGUCCAAAGGCGGCUCGGAGUUCAAGUUACAGAAGCUAAAACGCAGCCACAACACCUCAAUCAUUGACCUGGGAGAAGAAAAUGAAAACCAGCUUUCAAAGUCCGAUGUUGUGCUGUCUUUCUCCUUGGAGGUCGUCAUAAUGGAAGUGCAGGGUCUAAAAUCCUUAGCUCCAAACCGCAUCGUUUAUUGCACUAUGGAAGUAGAAGGUGGAGAGAAACUGCAGACUGACCAAGCAGAAGCUUCGAAACCAACCUGGGGCACUCAAGGUGACUUUACCACAACGCACGCACUUCCCGCAGUGAAGGUGAAGCUGUUUACAGAGAGCACCGGAGUGCUGGCUUUAGAGGACAAAGAACUUGGGCGGGUGGUUCUUCACCCUACUCCGAAUAGCCCAAAACAAUCAGAGUGGCACAAAAUGACUGUUUCCAAAAACUGCUCAGAUCAAGAUCUAAAGAUCAAACUUGCAGUCCGAAUGGAUAAACCUCAAAACAUGAAGCAUUCUGGAUACUUAUGGGCCAUUGGUAAAAACGUUUGGAAGAGAUGGAAGAAAAGGUUCUUUGUGCUGGUCCAGGUUAGUCAAUAUACGUUUGCUAUGUGCAGUUACCGGGAGAAAAAAGCCGAACCUCAAGAACUACUGCAACUUGACGGAUACACAGUGGACUACACUGACCCACAGCCAGGUUUGGAGGGUGGCAGAACAUUUUUCAAUGCAGUGAAAGAAGGAGACACAGUGAUUUUCGCAAGUGAUGAUGAACAGGACCGUAUCCUGUGGGUUCAAGCCAUGUACCGGGCCACCGGCCAGUCCCACAAACCUGUGCCACCGACCCAAGUUCAAAAGCUUAAUGCUAAGGGAGGAAAUGUUCCCCAGCUAGAUGCCCCAAUCUCUCAAUUUUAUGCAGAUAGAGCUCAAAAGCAUGGCAUGGAUGAAUUUAUCUCUUCCAACCCCUGUAACUUUGACCACGCUUCACUCUUUGAGAUGGUUCAGCGCCUCACUUUGGACCACAGACUUAAUGAUUCGUAUUCUUGUCUGGGCUGGUUCAGUCCUGGCCAGGUAUUUGUGCUAGAUGAGUAUUGUGCACGUAAUGGAGUCAGAGGCUGUCACAGACAUCUCUGCUACCUCAAAGAUUUACUAGAACGAGCAGAAAACGGAGCUAUGAUUGACCCCACCUUGCUUCACUACAGCUUUGCCUUUUGUGCAUCACAUGUUCAUGGCAACAGUCAACAAAUGACAGAGUUACUUGGUGGGUCACAAGCAAAUGCAGACUGCGAGGGGGGCAAAAUGGUUAAUCCCUCUGCCACUGAAGUGGAGACAAAAAAGGAUUCCAAAAAGGAGUCCAAAAAAAGGAAAGAUUCCAAAUCGCAGCCGAAUCCAGAGCCUAAAAGGCCUGAUGGAAUAGGAACUGUAACUGUAGAAGAGAAAGAACGUUUUGAAGAAAUCAAGGAGCGGCUUCGCUUGCUUCUGGAGAAUCAGAUCACCCAUUUUAGGUAUUGCUUUCCAUUUGGCCGACCCGAAGGUGCGUUGAAAGCUACUCUAUCCCUACUGGAAAGGGUUCUGAUGAAAGACAUAGUUACUCCUGUCCCUCAAGAGGAGGUAAAAACAGUCAUCCGUAAAUGCUUGGAGCAAGCUGCUUUAGUCAACUAUACUAGACUAUCAGAGUAUGCCAAAAUUGAAGAGAAUCAAAAGGAUGCAGAAAAUGUAGGCCGGUUAGUCACUCCUGCCAAAAAGCUAGAAGAUACAAUACGUCUGGCAGAACUGGUAAUUGAAGUUCUACAGCAGAAUGAAGAACACCAUGCAGAGGGGAAAGAGGCCUUUGCGUGGUGGUCAGACUUAAUGGUUGAACAUGCAGAAACCUUCCUGUCAUUGUUUGCGGUGGAUAUGGACGCUGCGUUAGAGGUGCAACCCCCAGACACGUGGGACAGCUUUCCACUAUUUCAGCUGCUCAAUGAUUUCCUCCGUGCUGACUAUAAUUUGUGCAAUGGAAAAUUCCACAAACACCUUCAAGACCUGUUUGCUCCACUUGUUGUUAGAUAUGUCGAUCUGAUGGAGUCCUCAAUUGCACAAUCAAUUCACAGGGGCUUUGAGCGGGAAUCAUGGGAGCCAGUAAAGAGUUUAACAAGUAAUCUGCCCAAUGUGAAUCUACCAAAUGUGAAUCUCCCUAAAGUACCAAAUCUACCAGUUAACAUCCCACUAGGCAUCCCACAAAUGCCUAGCUUUUCUGCACCGUCAUGGAUGGCUGCUAUAUAUGAUUCUGACAAUGGAUCAGGAACCUCUGAAGAUCUGUUUUGGAAACUUGAUGCCCUGCAGACCUUCAUUCGGGAUUUACACUGGCCUGAGGAAGAAUUUGGAAAGCACCUAGAACAGCGUCUAAAACUUAUGGCAAGUGACAUGAUCGAGUCUUGUGUUAAGAGAACCAGGAUUGCAUUUGAAGUAAAGCUGCAAAAAACCAGUCGAUCAACAGAUUUCCGAGUCCCCCAGUCAAUAUGCACCAUGUUUAAUGUUAUGGUUGACGCCAAAGCUCAAUCAACAAAACUUUGCAGUAUGGAAAUGGGCCAAGAGCACCAGUACCAUUCAAAAAUAGAUGAACUAAUUGAAGAAACCGUCAAAGAAAUGAUAACACUCUUAGUGGCAAAGUUUGUCACCAUUCUGGAAGGAGUCCUGGCCAAACUGUCCAGAUACGAUGAAGGGACAUUGUUUUCUUCUUUUUUGUCAUUUACUGUGAAGGCGGCUUCCAAAUACGUCGAUGUACCUAAGCCGGGGAUGGAUGUUGCUGAUGCCUAUGUGACAUUUGUUCGCCACUCUCAGGAUGUCUUGCGUGAUAAGGUCAAUGAGGAGAUGUAUAUAGAAAGGUUAUUUGAUCAAUGGUACACCAGCUCAAUGAAUGUCAUUUGCACCUGGUUGACAGACCGCAUGGACCUGCAGCUUCACAUUUACCAACUGAAAACUCUUAUUAGGAUGGUAAAGAAAACCUAUAGAGAUUUCCGAUUGCAAGGAGUGCUGGACUCCACCCUAAACAGCAAAACCUAUGACACCGUGCGAAACCGGCUGACUGUAGAAGAAGCCACAGCGUCAGUUAGUGAAGGCGGAGGUCUUCAGGGAAUCACAAUGAAGGACAGUGAUGAAGAAGAUGAAGAGGAUGAUUAGAUAAUUCUGGUCUAGAGGCCCACGUGGUGGUGGCUUCUUUGCCAGUGCAUGUACCUAGUCUAUUGUUCAGUUAGCCACAUUAGGAAUUUUUCUGUCAGCUCUAAAUACCCAUGAGAAGUUUACCAAUACAAUUGCCAUUUAGCUGUGUGGUAAUAAGAUUAGCACCUCUGUUUGAUUCAUUGGUUUCCUAAUUUCAUAUCUCUAUGUUCAUAAGCAAUAUGGAGCACCAUUGUUUAAUACUGUUAAUGGAAAACUACAUAGAAUACAUGCUAGGUGUGUCCCUGUUAUAAUUAAAGUUUAAACAAUGCUUCAUUAAUGUACUGUAUAUACAUUGAUGGUAAAUUGUUGUGAAGAUGAGUGAAUCAAGUACUUUCAUUUCUUUGUUUCUCUUCUGUGGAUGCCAACUGCUUAAAAUUAAUAAAAACAGCUUUGUUUUUAAAAGAAAAGUGAGGCUGUUACAAAUGAGUUUUUUGUUCUCUGUUCUUUUUUUUUUAAAUCCAGCUGUUUGAAUCAUUCUGCAUCCCAGUUAAUAAACCAUGCGCUUCUCCUUAACGAUACAGUUAACUCCAUAGAGGGUAUGUACCAAUGGAUUAGUAAUUCUGAUUGCCACAACAGUAAAUCCUAGAAUAAUGGCUACAUUCAUGCCAUGGUACAGUCCAAGGCAGUUGUUUUAUGUUAACAUUUGCCCCUCUAAAUGUUACAUCUUGUUUGUUUCAAGUAUCUGUGUAUGUAAAAAGGCCACUUUACUUACAAUCUUAGAUUAUAAAGAAGUGUUUAUAAUAAUAUAGGAACAUUUAUUCCAGUAGACUGUUACCAUAACUUAAAUUCCUUUGUUUCACAAUGUUUUUUUUAUAUAUGUCAUGUACAUUGCAUUUUGACCAGUAACUGCAUGUCCCCGAUUUCCCCCUCCAGAAGCUGUGUAAAAUAGUGGAUCCAUUUUGCUUUGGCCUUUUACAAGCCGACAGUUGUAAAAGUGUG